AUGCAACCGGUUGUUGAGUGUGCAAGCUCUUCCUGUCAAGAGUCCAUUUCUGUUCAUCUUAUGAAGGAUGAUGUUUGCAACACGGUCUCCCAGAUACACUCACUGAGUCUUUUUCAGCUUUAAAUGAUCUAAUCAUUGAACUGAAGUGGGUAAAUAAGCUUAAAUGAAGAAAAAUACUCUCUGCAUUGGCAAACAAAGCUCUUGGUACCAGAAAAAGUCCUCUCCACUCUGCCUCUGUCCUUUCCUAUAUUGUCUCUCUGACUUUAAGACAGUGUCUUGACAAAUUCUUCUGGCUUCUUGGCCCAGCUCCACCACCACAUAAGCACAGAACAACAGCAAUCCUAUCCAGCCUGUGUUCAUGCACGUGUGCCUUGAGUCUGCUGAGAAACAGAAACUGAAAGCCCAGAACUUUCAAGAAGCAAGAGCUGGUAGUUAGGCUGGGCAGAGACUAGAGCCAUUUUCAUGAGAUGAAAAACUGAAAUGAAUGCCCAUGUCUGAUUGGGGAAGCUUGGAGAUUGCAUAAAUCUUUGUAGACAACUUGGCUGCAAGCAGUUCAGCUGAAAUUAACUGCUGCCUUCUGGCUGUGGAGUGCUAUUCUAACGUUCCUGUGUGAUAUUCUGUAGACUAAAUCAUGCCAGCUUUAUCAACUGGAUCUGGAAGUGACACAGGUCUGUAUGAGCUGCUAGCUGCAUUGCCAGCCCAGCUGCAGCCACAUGUGGACAGCCAGGAAGACCUGACCUUCCUCUGGGAUAUGUUUGGUGAAAAAAGCCUUCAUUCACUGGUAAAGAUUCAUGAGAAACUGCAUUACUAUGAAAAACAGAACCCUGUGCCCAUACUCCAUAGUGCAGCAGCCUUGGCAGAUGAUCUGGCUGAGGAGCUACAGAGCAAACCAUUGAGCAGUGAGAUCAGAGAGCUGUUGAAACUGCUGUCAAAACCCAACCUCAAGGCUUUGCUGUCUGUACAUGAUACUGUUGCUCAGAAGAACUACGAUCCAGUGUUACCUCCCAUGCCUGAUGAUAUUGAUGAGGAGGAGGACUCUGUUAAAAUAAUCAGACUUGUCAAAAACAGGGAACCAUUGGGAGCUACUAUUAAAAGGGAUGAACAUACUGGUGCAAUUGUGGUGGCUAGGAUAAUGCGGGGAGGAGCUGCAGACAGAAGUGGACUUAUUCAUGUUGGUGAUGAACUCAGGGAAGUCAAUGGCAUUCCUGUAGAUGAUAAAAAACCAGAGGAAAUAAUACAAAUUUUGGCUCAGUCUCAAGGAGCAAUUACAUUUAAAAUUAUACCUAGUGUGAAAGAGGAAAUGCCAGCUAAAGAUGGCAAGAUGUUUAUCAGAGCUCUGUUUGACUACGAUCCUAAUGAGGAUAAAGCAAUUCCUUGUAAAGAGGCUGGGCUUGCUUUCAGAAAAGGAGAGAUCCUUCAUGUCAUGAGCCAAGACGAUGCAACCUGGUGGCAGGCCAAGCAUGACGGUGAUGCCAAUCCCAGAGCAGGCUUGAUCCCUUCAAAGCAUUUCCAGGAGAGAAGAUUUGCACUGAGAAAACCAGAAGUUCAGAUUCAGCCACUGAAAAUUUCCAACAGAAAAUCAUAUGCUGAAAAUGCUGGUCACUACAGUGGAACCUAUUUAGCUGGCUUCAGAAGAAGCUUUCGACUUAGCAGAAAAGAUAAAAAAACAAACAAAUCCAUGUAUGAAUGCAAGAAGAGUGAUCAAUAUGAUACGGCAGAUAUCCCAACUUAUGAAGAAGUUGCAAAAUAUAAACGUCAGCCUAAUGAGAAAUACAGACUUGUAGUUUUGGUCGGUCCUGUGGGCGUAGGGUUGAAUGAAUUGAAACGGAAAUUGCUGAUCAGCGAUACCCAGCAUUAUGGUGUAACAGUGCCACACACGACCAGACCAAGAAGAGGCCAAGAAAGUGAUGGUGUGGAGUACAUUUUCAUUUCCAAGCACUUGUUUGAGACGGAUGUACAGAAUAACAAGUUUAUUGAAUAUGGUGAAUAUAAAAACAACUAUUAUGGCACAAGCAUAGACUCUAUUCGAUCUGUUCUAGCUAAAAACAAAGUUUGUUUGUUGGAUGUCCAGCCUCAUACUGUGAAGCACUUGAGGACAUAUGAAUUUAAACCAUUUGUGAUAUUUAUAAAGCCUCCAUCACUUGAGCGUUUAAGGGAGACCAGAAAAAACGCCAAGAUUAUUUCAAGCAAAGAUGAGAGGGGGACUGCAAAACCCUUUACGGAAGAAGAUUUUCAAGAAAUGAUUAAGUCUGCUCAGAUGAUGGAAAGUCAGUAUGGCCAUCUCUUUGAUAAAGUUAUAGUUAAUGAUGACCUCACCACAGCCUACAAUGAGCUGAAAACAACUUUUGACACACUGGAGACAGAGACCUUUUGGGUUCCAGUCAGCUGGUUGCAUUCAUAACGCUAGGAAUAAGGAAAAUAUAUGAUAGUAGCUGGGAAUUUGCUAGUAAGGUGCAUGGUUGGACCCAAUUUUGUUGCCAUUUUCUUGGUGGGAGGGUUUUUCAAGCUUGGGCAAACUGACAUGCAGCUUCAGACUUGGUGCAAUUGAAAUGUUCAUCUUGUUUUUCUGUAUCCUAAACCAUCCUGUUCGAAUUUUGGGACAAGAAGUUUCCCAUGUAAUCCAAGCCUUAUCCAGGUCAGUACAGUGAGCUAAUACUAUAUCAAAAACUGCCAGCAGGUUAUUUUAUAUAUCAGUGUCCAAGUUGAAGGCUUUUUUUAAACAAGGGUUAAUAUUAAAGAAGAUAUUAAUUAACACUAGAUAUCAGUGCAUUGGUGGUCUCAGCCAAAAUUGCUUUCAUAAAAGGUUGCACAUUAGCACUUGGAAGUUAUUAUCUGUACUUUAAUGGAACUUGAGACAACUGAAGCAGGUGACAGCGACCACCAUUUCUAUAGAUAGGACAUCAGUUUUAAUUGGAUUAAGAAUCAGGAUGAGGUCGUCUUUCCUCAAAGUGUGAGCUUUGUCUUAUGUGCACAGAGUGAUGCUAGUGUUCGUUUUUAUUGAAUUUUUUCACCAAACGAGAAAAGUACUUUAGUGACUUAACUGUAAAAUAUUCUCUGGAAGAGCAACAGUCUUUUGCUGCUCUACCGUGCAUAUGCAUGCAGUGAAAUUCUUCAUGCUUGCUUUGUGGCACAACAAAGACAACCGUUGGGAAUAUUUAUCUGAAUAAGGGAAAGUAUGAAUUACUUUAAAUGCUUGUAACUUUAACAGUCUUCCUUUGUGGGCAAGUUUUCUAUUAGAUCUUCUAUAAGAUCAGUGAUAUAUUGGAAUAAAAAGUAAUGUAGUGAGUUGCUUUUUUUUUUUGUUGGUUUUGUUUGUUUUCUUUUCCCUUUAAAUCAACUCCAAAUACUUCUGGCAUCCUUUUAAAAUAGUUCUAGCCUUUUGGAGACUUUCAGACAAUUAGUGGGGGAACUGUUUUGAGAUCUGGGAAGCAGUUGCAAUACAUGAAUUGUUUGUAUUAGCUAUACAUAAAAUACUUGUUUUAAAAAUAUGAAACUUUUCAAAACACAUCUGAACAGCAUUCAGAGGAUAUUUUGUUUUAAAUUCAAAUGCUUUUAUUUUCGUUAAAGCUUGGAAGCUAUGCUACAAAGAAAAUUAUUCUCCUUUUAACACUGGCCAGAUACAAUUGAAACCUCAAAUUGAAUCCUGUGUGAUGGAGCAACCAAAUAUACAGUAGAUCAUGUAUUUUUAAUAUAGGUGUCUUCCAUUUCUCUUGAUUUUACUACUGAGGCAGGAAAUGAGAAUGUGUGUGAAGAAAGAGUAAAGCACGUGUGUUAACUGAGUAGUGAACUUGUCUUACAGGUACAGUGCGUAGAUGAACUUGCUUACUUCAGAUCAUCACAUCUGUGGCAUUCAGACAGGAAGCAGAGUUAUUUUAUGUUACCAUGUAGAGGGAAUGUAUCUGUCUUGUUUAAAGAAAAAAGAAUUUAGUGAAACCUAUAUAUUUAUGAAAGGGCUGUAAAGGUAUAUUACAUUUUUGAAUUUCUCGUCAGUGUGAUCAUUUAUAAAAUAAGUUUCUAUGCUGUUCUAAUUUGAAACACUGUCUUUGUAAAUUGAGUUCAACAUUCCGUGUAAAUAUUUUAGCUUAGCUUGUAUCCUGAUAAAGCCAUAAAUUCUUUGCAGUUGUCUUCUAAAUGCACAUUUGAUGUUUUGGUCAUUGCAUUUUGAUUUAAAAUUAUGUAAAGCAAGUGAAAUGUAAGCAGCAACAACAACAAGAAAAACCCUAGGAGUCUGGAAAUGUUUAUAUUGCAGAUACUGACCUACUGUAUCUCACUAUGACACGCUGUACUUGAAUGGCUGUAAUGUUAACUUCUGCAAUACUUCUCCAUUUUUUUGGUGGACUUAAGCUUAUUUGUAACACAAAUAACAGCUCAUUGAUUGCAUUUAAUUCAAAUGAAAUCACAAAUCGAGUGUGGGUUGAAGAAAUAUUCUCUCUCUUAAAUUACUCAGUCUAACUUUCCCCUGGGAAUACGGUCCUCAGCGUAUUGAGUACCCUCAAUUUCCAUUGUAGACAAGAAAAGGUGAGGGUGCUCCACACCUCUUUCUGACCUGACCCUGUUAUAUCAGAGGAGCUGCAAUCCUUAUUAAAAGAGUGUGCUGAAACUGCUUCUAAGCUGUAGUGCCAAGAUCACUAGUGUAAAAUAUCUUUCGAAUAAAGGACCUGUUUUGCUAUAUAAGAAACAGAUGCUAUUAAUGUUUGAAAACCCUGGAAGCAGGCUGUCCUUUGCUGCCCUGCAGGCUUUUUGCAAGGGGAAAACAAUUUUGAAACAGUUUUAAAUCUAAUUUUCCAGGUCAGUGGGGCCUAUGAAGACCUUCUACAACAGGCCGGGGGUGGCAGGCCAUAAGCUGCCUGAUGCUUUGUUCUUUUUAUAGAGACACUUACUUUCUGAUGCUCCAUGUAAACACUGGCAGUAAUUUCCUAGACAGCUGGCCACCUGCUCCUGUCUAAUUGUAACACCUGUGAAAGAAGGGGGUGAGGGGGAGAGACCAUAAAAGCAAACACAGAGCAAACCAAAAAGGGAAAAAAGGUGUGAGCCGUCUUUGAGCAGCUAGAAAUAAAAUUUUGAAUGAGUUUUUAGAAAAAAGAAAGGUACAGCCCACUCCAGUAAAUACCCUUUUAAAACUAACAUUAUUGCAGUGUCCUCAUCAAUAAAAACAGAAUCCAUCAGUCUCUGUGAGGCUGUCAGAUACGGUACUGGGUCAAGACAGAAAAGUUUCUAGUCCAACAGUUUUGUUACUAGGACAGGCCUCAGCAUGAGGUAGGGAAAUACAAACCCACUUGUUAAAAUUGCUCUGCUAAGAUAAAAAUUGUGUGCGUGUUUCUGACUUUUAAGGCUUUAUGGAGCCUUAGAAGGUGACAAUGUGUGUCUUAUGUAAUGUGUAUAUUCAAGUUGUGCUGUGUGGUUUUUAGAUAAUUGUUUUUACUUUUAAGCACAGAUAUUUUUAUUGUAUUUUAGCUGUUUUGGCAUAGAAAAACAAAUGUUGACAUUUUAUAUUAUUGUAUCCAGAUCUAUACUUGAAUUCAUUGUUUGAUGUCAUGCCUGAAAUCUGGUUUUACCUUCUUAUGCAGAACAAUAAAUUAUUGAGAUAAUA